AAAUUUAUUGGCCAUUUCUACAUCCAGUACUACUACAUUUAUUAACUUUUGAUGAACUUUGAGCGUGUGUUUUCAAAUAGUUUUCCAGCUUCAUGGAUGUUUGAUUCCCAAAAUGGUUGGUCGAAUGUUGUCUCGUGUGAAAACACUGCCACUGGAUGUGGAAUAUUCAUUGGUUUGGAUUGUGCAACUUUGUUUCAAGUGAAGAGCUCUGUAGAAAUAUGGAUAAUGUGUCUCAAUUAAGACAUGUAAGAAUUGGAAUGGAUUGAAUUUAAAAACGUCGAGUUGCCUUGAGUGGAAUAAUAACCACAGGUUUUUUGAUUGCCUGUCCUCUUUCCUGCGCAUUGAGCUAUUGAUGUUCCCUGUUUUAUCAGUCAAUGUUCUAAUUCAUUCUGGUGUGUACGGGUCAAUGAUGGAUUUUUGAGCGAGCUUGAUCUAUAAGCUUAUUUGUCGGUAUCAAAGAUCAAGGAUAUUGUCAAUGAAAAUCCAACCAGACACUAUAAAUUAGGUCCGUUGACAGCUCAUAUUGAAGUAAACAUCCUGGAUAUACCGAAAAAAUGUUCCUCAAGUUUCGCUUCCUGUUAACACAUUUCUCAGGGUCAUAUGCUAUAAGAGGGAAUUAGGAUUUUGUCGCCAUUGUAGGCUCAGACCUCAUUCCUGUAACAUGAGCGAAAGGACUAUACCCUUCUGCAAUUGUACAACUUGUUGACUCUGCUGCAACUCACCUAGUGCCGAAUGUUAACUGUGGUCAUCGACUUUUAGUUGGAAAAUGUGACUAGUGGAUGAUGUGCACUGGCUCUUUCGGAUACUUUUCACGGCGUGUUUUUAUUGUAUGAUAAUGCCAGCUUGAUAGGAGAAUCGCCAGAGACUAGAAACAGGGCAGUUUACCAUUCGCCAUGACAUAUUUCCAUUUUUGAACCACAAUUAUUGGGAAGUAUCUAUAACAACAUGUCAUUUGGCAUGUCGGGAUUUGCUCUUGUUGCUCAUUGACAUUGCGGCACUGCUGCAUUCUUGCAAAAACAAAAAUCGAUUCCAAGUCUCCGAGAGAUGCUCUUGUGUGCCUAAAAAUACUGUAUUUUGUGAAGAAGAGUGCUUGGCGUUGAUAUUUACUCUUAUAUGUUUGCCAAAGUCGGUUGCUAUCAAGAUUCAUUUAGCUGUUUGCAUCUUUGGCCCAUUUUAAUUGUAUGAUUGAAUGGGGAUGAUACAUGUGUGUGGAAACUGGUUUACUUCUUUCUGUUGUCUUUGUAAAUAGUCAGUGUGAUACAUUGAGGAUUUCUCUAUACAGGCAAUGUGACAUUUCACUUGAGGGAGUAAUUACAUGAAUUAUGUGUCACAUGUUGUGAUUCGGAUGUGUCUUCUAUUGUGAGGAUUAGCAGAAAAACAUUGUUUGCUGUCAUAUAUUGGUAGUGUUUGUAAAGAGCACCAAUAACUCCCGCUAGUCUGUUGGUGGUAUCUUCAUGACCUUUUGAGGGAGAAGGAGACUUAUUCUCUAAUUUCUUUCAUUCUAAAUGUGGGGAAAAGUAAGUGUUAUAGUCGAAUAGAAAUGUCUGUAAGCUGUCUUUGGUGCUGGUUCUCCUGAACGUGAUAUCAUUUUUGCACAACAACACAAUGGUGGUGCAUAUAUGGAUCUUUAGUAAGAAUUUUUUAACCACCGACACAUCGUCAGUCUGAGUAUAGUUUUAAAAACUGAUGGCACAAAGUGAAAAGCAUAAAGUAUUCUCUUCAUAACAUAUUACGAGUUUAUGAACUGAGACAUUUUCAGAACUGGAGUCCCGUAGUCAUUUCUGGCGGCCUGUUGUAAAUGGCAAGAUAUUCAUCACAGUGUUUGGUGAUCAGAGUACAAUUGUAGUGAUUGUUUCAAUGCAUUGAUUACAUUUCUUCUCGAUGGUUUGAAGGACUGAUGAGAUACCAGUCACAGGACAACAAAUCAUCAGAAAUUCAGUUGAUAUCCAAAUGAUUUCUCCGAUACUUUCUUGCAAAUUAUUUUGAUUAAUGAGACAGCUGAAGAAGGUCCAACCCAGUUCGGGAAUGACAAGUGGAUCUACUUCAGUCAUAUUUGCUCAAGACGACUGACCUGCAAAACUUAUUCCACUGCCAGUGCACAUUUCAAGGAUAUAACGAUCACAUAGUUUACUUCUGCUCUGCAUGGACCUUUUGCUUGCUAUAUAUUACUAAUCUUUACCGUAUGACAUUUCUUCCUGGCGGUGACUCAGGCUAUGAGUACUCAACCUAUUUCAAAAAGUCACAUGGAAGACCUUCGUGAUAACGCCACCAAAUCCUGUAUGCUCAUUCGAUGUGGCAUUGGUCUUGUCAUUUGGAUUUAUCAAUGAAGCAAUUCCUUUGGUUUUAAGAAUGACUCUGUAUCAUGUGAAGAAGUCAAUACUCUUACCUGCAGUGCUUGAUUAAUAUCGUGUGACCUUGUCGUGUGACUAGGCUUUGAUAUCAACUAGGUGACAAGAAUCAGAUCUUAUUAAUAGUUCAUUCAUUCUAUAAAAGGAAGGAUUUUACUCUCUUGCGGAGUGGCUCUUUCACUAGGUUGUCAGCAACAGGAUUAAUUUGCUGUUAUGAUUCCAAAAAAGCUUAAUGCUGUUAUGAUUAAAUACAGUCUUAAAUGUCAUAUUUGGAACCGUUUAUGAUAAUUGUUUUAUGCCACCUAAAUCUGUUGUGAGAUCCAAAACAUUUGAAGACUAUAUCAGUUUCUUUGCUGACCUCUGAUACUCAGGUACUUAGAGAGUUCAGAUUUUUGGAGACAUUUUUGACAAAGUAUUUAGACAAACUCGGAUUACCCGUUAAGGACGGAAAGUUCAUGUGAGAUUCUUCACUCUUUUAAAGGAUCUGUAGAUAAAACAUGUAUCCUGACACGAAAAUGAAGAAGAAGAUGGGCGAUAGUCCGCUCUCCAGCUGUGAGAAACUAAUGGAAGACAGUCCAUUGUCGAGCAGUGAAGACAGUCCAUUGACGAGUUAUGAGAAAAUGGAGAUAAGUCCAGUGUCAAGUUGUGAGUUUGCAUUUGGGAACUAUUUCUUCCUGUUGAGUAAGGAGGCAGCAAGUCACACCGAUUAUAACAUGGAUUUCAUAAAAGAUGGCAGAGGAUAUGAUUAUGACAUGUCCCUCUUGUCAGAUGCCGACCAUUUUUGGAAUUUUACCAUCAGUUACCUGUCCAAAGAUGACCAUGGGCGUGAAGUCUACACAUCCCUUUUGUCAGACUGGGACCUCGAUGCAGCGUUCCUCAGCGCUUCUGAUCCAUGUUUGAGACUCAAGGUCGAUCUAAAACCGUUUGAAGAAGGUUUAGAUGAUUGGGAUAUCAUCGGACAAAAGGACAUUCCGCACCCCAAGGUGGCCAAAGAUGAGAAGGUUGCUGCCUCCUUCCUUGGCAGUUUGACAGAUACCAUAUCGAGCCAGAUUGGGAAGACAGUGUCCACUGUACAGAGAGCUGUAGGUUUGAAAACAAUCGAUGAUGAAAUCUACAAGCCAGUGAAGUCCCCGAUGACGGACCAAGAGUUCCACAGCUACUUGGAUACAGAGGGCAGGCUGGUACGACCGCACGAAUUCCGGCUCAGUAUCUAUAAAGGCGGAGUGGAGAACUCGCUACGGCGUGUUGUCUGGCGUCAUAUUCUGAAUGUAUACCCUGAAGGUUUAACAGGACAGGAGAGGUUCGCAUUCCUGAAGGCAAAAUCUGAGGAAUAUUAUAACAUGAGAGAUGAGUGGAUCGAACAGUUUCAAAAUAAUUCUUGUUCAGAGGAAGUGAAGUUUGUGGCAAAUAUGGUGAAGAAAGACGUCCUGCGGACUGAUCGAACUCAUCGGUUUUAUGCUGGGUCUGAUGAUAAUAAGAAUGUUUUAAUGCUGUUUAAUAUUCUUGUGACAUAUGCACUGACACACCCGAGUGUCUCCUAUUGCCAAGGAAUGAGUGACAUUGCAUCGCCUAUUUUGGUCAUCCAAAAGGACGAGGCACAAGCUUACAUUUGUUUCUGUGCAAUCAUGCGACGACUGAAAGCAAAUUUUCAACUCGAUGGUACGGUUAUGUCAGUGAAGUUUCAACACUUGUCGGAACUAUUACAGCAUCAGGACCCUGACUUCUAUAACUACUUGAAAAACCAGGGUGCUGAUGAUCUCUUGUUUACUUAUCGAUGGUUGUUAUUGGAAUUGAAACGAGAAUUCCCAUUUGAUGACACAUUGUUCAUGUUAGAGGUCCUUUGGAGUUCAUUGCCACCAGAUCCACCAGAUUCCGACCUUGAUCUCGUGGAGAAGGCAAUCUCACUCAGAAAUCUGGUUCAGCUGCCAAAGUCUCCAGGGUGCCAGUUACAGAGACAGAGCAGCGUGUACCUACGCCUGCGGCACUUACGGCGGCAAGCAACCAGUCCAGUCUCUAAAGAACCUCCAGAUAUAAUUGUAGAGGAGUCGGGAAUGCAAUCAGAGUUAGUGCAUGAGACGGAGAAGAACGGAACGUCCCCGGUUGUGAGUCUGAACGGUUCCCAUGACGCCAUCACUCCAAUGGAUGAGGAAAAAUUCUUGGAAGAAUCUCAUGAAUAUUUGGCAUUCCAGGACUCAGUGACAACGUCUCUGCUGGCAAAGUCCUCAAGUAUUGACCAGUCACUGAAAAAUAGUAAUUCUUCGCGGUUGUCACGACAAUCUGCUGUUGAUACAGAAUCUGCAGAACAUUCCAUUAGCAAACAUCGUUCAUCUCCAAGUCGACCCAAACCAAUGUCACCUCCAAGAUCUUCUAAUCGCUCUUCCCCUGCCAAAUUUAUACAUAAACUAGUCAAGCGAGCAUCUAGUAUGUCUUCCCCUACCUCACCUGAAAGGGUGGCAUCGCCCCCACAGGUUAAACCCCGUACGAAAUCUCUAACAAGAGCCGAAUCUGAUGAUAAAGCUUACAGAAACUCCCCCACAAAGACAGCUCCAACACGUCCCCAGAAAAUUUCUGCUUCUGUUGAAUCAGCAACAAUGUUUCCAAGGUCAGACGAGAGUUCUCCAAGGAGAACCUCACCCAGUCAACAAGGGGGUAUAUGUACUUGUAAAAACAAGCUGAAUGCUUCUGGGCGGAGUGCUCUGGCUAGUCCCCAAGGCCAACACUGUUCAACAAGUUCCAUGGCGUCAAGUUCCCCUAUUAGAAUCCCCCAGGGGUCAAGGUCGGUAUCUGAUUGUCAGAAUGGCAAUGGUCAGAAUGGUUCUGCAGAAGGUAAGGUUAGAUCAGAGUGCAAACAGCAAGUCUGCACGUGUUCUAAAAACCCACAAAACAGUCCUGAAAAAAAGACAAAGGUCAGACCGUCAAACAUUGAUAUCCCAGACGCUGCGUCAAAUUUCUGUCAACCUGGUGAUAAGAAAACUGAAAAAACUGGGGAGGGAGGGAAAACAGAUACGAAUUCAAAUUCAGGUUCGGGUCAUCCUUCAAUAGAUUUCAUCAAGGUCAAGGACAGAUUACCAAAACUGCCAUCACCUGAUGAGUUCGGUAACGGGAACCCUUUCUUGAUGUUCUUGAGUAUCACCCUCUUGUUGCAACACCGAGACCACAUCAUGCGCAAUAACCUUGACUAUAAUGAUCUGGCGAUGCAUUUUGAUAAGAUGGCACGUAAGCACAAUGUGUGGCGGGUGUUGCAUCAGGCUCAGUCGCUGUAUGCGGUCUAUCUUAAAGCUCAGCAAACCAAAAUGGAGGAGAGAGAUGAUGCCGGCUCAGAUUAUGAUGUCAGUGUGUAAGUUUUGAUUGUUAGGUGAGGGCUAAGGCAUGUGCCAAAUAUAAUGUGUUUAUCAUAUUUUAAGUGAAAUCUCUCCAAACCCUACAGCUGCUGGUGUAUAAUUUAGGAUUGUGUGAUGUAAAAAUUCCAAAUUGUUGUGUAUGCUUGAGAUUCAAAAAAAAUUGCUAGAGGAGAUAGAAUUUCUUUUGAGGCCAUAAACUUAAUUACCAAGGUUAGAGAAUAGAAGGUUAGAUUCAUCUUGCAAAUGUGAUCUUUUCUGGGGAACAGUUCUUCAUGUAUGUUUGGUCUCUUGGGAGGUUCUUAAAUCUCAACAGUAAGGGGUUAGAGAAAGACUCUUGGAUCAUAGCUGUUCUGGUUGGAAUUGCCGAUAUUGUUCUGCAUAAGGCCACUGGGAAGAAAUAAUUCUUGCUCUAUCAGUGAAGGGUAAAACUUUGCUGCUUGGUCAUAGUUUUAACUUCCAAAACUGAUGUGCAGUGUGGAUGUUUGCCUUGCAAUCUUUAUGAAAACAGUGGUUGAACCUAGUGUGCCCAACUUUGCACAAUAGCUAAAGGAUCAUAUAUUCAAUGAAACGAUUGUAAAUAGAGUAAAUAUUUAAAAAACCAGUGUUAAUUGUAGUUGUACAACAGGCAAGUGCCGCAGUAGUCUUCUGCACAUAUCAAACUGAUUCUGGGGUCAGUGUUGAUAUUGAUUGUAAAUAUUUCCUUCUUUAUGUAUUAAUGUGAGUGCGCAUUUGAAGUUGUUUUCGUGGAAAUUCUAGUGAUUAAUAUUUUUUCUGUGAUAAUAUGAGGAGGGGGAUGAAAUCGUGUUAAAACAUUCUGCUGGUUUGCAAUGUUCAAUUCAGAAGACUUUUAAUGUUCACCCUAGUGACUAUGUUUCACUUAGUUGUAUUCUUUUUUUUAAUGAGUUACUUCUGUUUCUGUUGGUGCUCAAUUGUCCUGUUAGACCAGGCUUAAGCUAUUACUUGCCCUCUCCUAUGAGAAAUAUAAGGAAACUGUAUUGUCUUAGCCUGGUUAAGGAAACUAUGUUCUUUUUGAGAAACCACAGUACCUUGGAAAUAUUCGCAUAAAUAGUAAUUGCAUGACAAGCAUGUGGGAUAUUGGUGUUGGGUAGUUUAAAUUACAUGUAAGUUUUCACAAAAGUGAACUUUUUGGGACUGUAGUUUCACAUGGGCUGGUUGUGCCGUGUAACAGUAUACCAUGUUCUAGAUGUGGUUAUCGUGAGUCAAUGUAUGGGGAAAGAAAUUCUUCACAUUCCGUUUUCUUUGGCAGCUUUCAGUCAAGUUUCAAGUCUGACUUUUUUCCAUGUUUUUUGUUAUUUCCUUAUAUUUUGUUUGUUAAUGUUAUCGUUUUCUUACCAAGCAGAGAUGUACAGAAUCAAUGCUUGUUUUUAUUCGUCUAGUCUCUGACCAUGACCUAGUCCUGUUUCUUCCCUGGCCAAAAUAGCACAGAGCUGACUACUUCGUGUAUUUCGGAACAAGUACCUCUACAUGCAGAGUCCCUGGAAAAAACUACACAGCCAUAUCAAUGAAUUUCGGCAGUUCAAAAUAUCGCUCCAAUAUGACGUAUCUGCAUGUUUUUUUACAGAUGAUGUACUGGCUUUUGUAUAGCAGCAUUAUGAAUGGCUUUUCUUACUGGAGCAGGCUUUUUUAUGUGCUGAAAGUCACUAAUAUCCUUUCACUUUGUGGGUUCUCUACUGUGUCACUGUAGCUAGGGUCAGCUCUUUUCUUCAGAGAAGUCUUUCUCUGUAUUGUGAUAGUGUUUGUUACUGUAGUCCCAAGAAUUAACUGUAAAUUGAAAAUGUAUUGUUUGUUCUUCUGUUCUUUCAGUAAAUGUGAAAUGUGAAAAGUGAACUCCUACAUUUACCCGGCUUUGUCUAACACAUAUGAAUGGAAGCAUGGCUUUCAAACAUUUGGACUGUUACAAAUGAAAGGUGCUUUAGUGGCUGUACUUAAAAAUGUAAAGAGGACGCAUGAUGCUAGUCUUGGGCUUAUGGUGGUGAUGAAAUAAAAAGUGCU